AUGUCAGGUUAUGUCGGAAAUGGCAUGGCUGUUGGAAAUGUGCAACUUGUUGAGAGGAUUAUUGAAGAGGACAGGGGUAGUGCUGUGGCUAAGAAUGUUGGUGUUGAUGAUGACGGUGAUCAUGAGAUGGAGGAACACAAUCAAGGGGGGGGUGACAGUGAUGAUGCAGAAGAGGGGAUUGCUGAUGAUGAGGAUGAUGAAGAUGUAGAAGAUGAUGAAAAUGGGGAUGAGGACGGGGGUGAAGCUGAUGAAGAUGAUGAUUCUGAAACAGAUCAUGGAGGGCACUGGUCUUCUGGCUCUGAUGAUGGUAGAGAUGAGUUUACGGGUAAUGCUGAAAACAACAACAACGGGUUAGACAAUUCAGAUGCUUACUGGCGCACUCCUAGCAACUAUGACCGCAUUUGUUAA